AUGCCCAUCAUCAAAACAAUGUGGCUGCGAUGGAGAUUCAUAUCGAUAUUUGCAACGCCCAUAUUCUUAGUUCCACUGGGAUUUUUCAUCGGAGGAAAGGUAGGAUGGUGUGCGUUCGUGGUCAUCUGGUUGGCCAUCUAUUGGGUGACUGAAGUUAUCCCUCUGGCAAUCACAUCACUCAUGCCUCUUGUGCUGUUUCCUCUGCUCGGUAUUCUUUCAUCCCAGCGAGUCGCGUCAUUUUAUUUAAACGACAUCGGACUCAUCUUGGUGUGUGCAAUGAUGGUGGGAGUUGCAGUAGAAACGAGCAACUUGCACAAAAGGAUUGCGCUCAAGUCCAUACUUGCAGUGGGAACAAGUAACCGCAGGCUCUUGCUGGGGUUGAUGCUGGUGGCAAUGUUCCUGUCAAUGUGGACCCCCAACAUUUCCACAGCAUCUAUCAUGAUUCCCAUCGCCAUGGCUGUUGUCGACCAGAUAAAGGAGAGCUCGACGACAAAGUGUGUUGCCGUACAUGUCCAAGGUUCUGAUGAAAAACGGCAACUCGAGCACCGCGAAAGCACGGCUUCAACUGUGCAGGAAAAUAUUGCACCCAGGACUCACGACAAGCGUACCAGGCUGCUCCGCACUACGAUGGUGUUGGGCGUAUCGUUUGCAACCAGCAUAGGUGGCACAGGCACACUCAUCGGGACUGGGCCGAAUGCCGUCCUCAUGGGCAUCUUCGACGACUUGUUUCCAGGUUCCACGGAGAUAACUUUCGUCACGUGGUUCCUGUACAACGCACCGACAAUGCUCAUAUGUACGUUCCUAACCUGGGUGUACAUGCAAUGGAACGCCAGAGAAGCCAUUUUUGCUGAGAUCAGCGUCAGCGCAGUGAUUGUGACCAUGACAGUGGGCUGGUUCGCAAUGAAGCCACAAAUGUUCCCCGGCUGGGUCGACGCCCUUCCUCACGGCAAACUCGUGAGACCGAGCUCCGUGGUCGCGCUUAUGGCCCUGCUGCUGUUUGUGAUACCCAAGGACCCCCGAAACCCGUGGCAGUCGCAGGCCCUCCUCACGUGGGACGAAGCAGUUCGUGGUGUUAAAUGGGGUGUCGUGCUACUCUUGGGAGGAGGCAUGAGUCUGUCCGAGGCAUGUAAGAUAUCGGGGUUGUCUGCGAUGCUGGUCAGCAGCAUGAAGGGUCUCAACGUGCUGCCACCGGCUCUGACGGCCUUGCUUUCCUGCUUCGCAACGUCUCUGUUCACGGAGAUCACGAGCAACAUGGCCACCAGCUUAUAUCGAGAAAAGCACCAAAAGCAACUACUGAAUUGUGAUCAGUAUUAUCAGCAAAACAAAGCUUGUACCAAAACAGCGGUGCCGGCUAUUCUGCUGAGACUGCACCCUCUCUACCUGGCCAUGCCUGCAGCUGUCGCCUGCUCUUUCUCCUUCAUUAUACCUGCUGGGACGCCACCGAACGCCCUCGCCUACGAGCUGGCCAAGCUCAGCAUUCCGGACAUCGCAAAACCGGGAUUCUUCGUCAACCUAAUAUGCGUGUUCGUCGAAGUAGCUAUGAUACACGUGUUGGGCAUUUCCAUAUUUGGCCUUUCGAAGUUUCCAGAGUGGGCAGAACACUACAGGGACGCUGCUACAUCAAGCACGCUGAGACAGACCACUUUAGGCUUUUUCGCAGAAACCAAAACAGGUGCUGCAGUGAGCAUAGACAAUAGGACAAUUCGAUGAACAUGAACAUCUCGAGAUAUGUAAAAAAAAAGACUCGCUUUACAUGCACUGUGUGAUGUAGUGCAGCUCUAGUCAACGUGAACUGAAAUGCCGACCUUCGAGAAAGAACAAGAUGCUUGCAGAUGCACCUGCUGGCAAAGAAGUGCGAUUACUCGUUCCCAUGUAUACAUACAUGAUUGCCGACCAGAUAUACACUCUACGUUUUGUUCAGGGUAGAGUUACCGCAUAUGCUGCAUUUAGUUACAAAAGGGUAGUACAUACAGCAACUUUAGGUCAGAUAACAACGCACCAUCUCACGAGCCUCAAACUUAAUGUGCCGCUCACCCAGAUCUAACAGAAGGUUACAGUUCUUAGUAAAAUACUUCUCA